AUGGGCCCGCCCAGUGAAGAGACACCCCUGAUAUCCCCGCGCUCCUGCAGCCUCUCAUCUUCCGAGGCGGGCACCCUACAGGUGUUGCUGCCUCCCCGGGGACCUGGCCCCCCGAAGUGUCUCUCCUUCUUCGGGGACCACUCGGCAGAGGAGCUGUGCGUGUGCGCAGCGAAGGCCAGCGGCAUCCUGCCCGUGUACCACCCGCUCUUCGCGCUGGCGGCCGAGGACCUCUCUCUGUGGUACCCGCCCAGCCACGUCUUCUCCGCGGACGAUGGGGGGACCCGUGUCCUGACCUACCGGCUCCGGUUCUACUUCCCCGACUGGUACGGCCUGGACAAGUGUCGCCGCUUCGGGCUGCACAAGGCGCCGGGCAGCGGUGUGCUGGACCUCGCGGUGCUGGAGCAAGUCUUCGCGCAGCACCGCGCGGACCUGGUGGGCGGCCGCCUCCCCGUGGGCCUCGGCCUCAAGGAGCAGGGCGAGUGCCUCAGCCUGGCCGUGCUGGACCUGGCCCAGAUGGCCUGCGAGCAGGCCCGGCAGCCGCAUGACCUGCUCAAGACCGUCAGCUACAAGGCCUGCCUGCCGCCCAGCCUGCGGGAGCUGAUCCAGGGCCUGAGCUUCGUGACCCGCAAGCGCAUCCGCAGGCGCGUGGCCAUGGCGCUGCGCAGCGUGGCCGACUGCCGCGCGCCCCGCCACUGGCUGCUGGCCAAGUACGUCAUGGACCUGGAGCGGCUGCACCCGGCCCGCACCGCCGAGACCUUCGCCGUGGGCCUGCAGGACGCCGAGGGGCUGCUCCGGGUGUCCGGGGCCAGUGGCAUCUCCUGGAGCCCCGGUGGGGAGGAGGCCCUCCAGCCCUUCUGCGACUUCCCCGAAAUCGUGGACAUCAGCAUCAAGCAGGCCCCACGCGCCGGCCAGGCCGGGGAGCACCGGCUGGUCACCAUCACCAGGACGGACAACCAGGCCCUGGAGACUGAGUUCCAGGGCCUGCCCGAGGCCUUGUCCUUCCUGGCGCUGGUGGACGGCUACUUCCGGCUGACCGUGGACUCCAGCCACUACUUCUGCAAGGAGGUGGCACCGCCCCGGCUGCUGGAGGAGGUGGCUGAGCACUGCCACGGGCCCAUCACCCUGGACUUCGCCAUCAACAAGAUCAAGAGUGAGGGGUCCUACCCUGGCUCCUACGUUCUGCGCCGGAGCCCUCAGGAUUUCGACAGUUUCCUCCUCACCAUCUGUGUCCAGACUCCCUUGGGACCCGAUUACAAGUGUUGCCUCAUCCGCUGCGACCCCAAAGGCAGCUUCUCACUGGAUGGCCUUGGCCAGACCCACAGUAGCCUCCGCGCACUCCUGGCCGCCUCCCGGGACGGGGGCCUGCACGUGGACGGGGUGGCUGUGAGCCUUACCUUCUGCUGCGUCCCCAAACCCAAAGAAAAGACGAACUUGAUCAUUUUGCGAAGCGACUGCAGCCUCCCCUCAGCGCCCCCCUGCCACCCCCAGGCUCAGCGCCAGCUCAGCCAGAUGACCUUCCAGAAGAUUCCUGCGCAGAGCCUGGAGUGGCAUGAGAACCUGGGUCACGGCUCCUUCACCAAGAUCUAUCGGGGCCACCGGCAUGAAGUGGUGGAGGGGGACUCCCGGGGCAUGGAGGUGCUGCUGAAGGUCAUGGACUCGAAGCACCAGAACUGCAUGGAGUCGUUCCUGGAAGCCGCGAGUCUCAUGAGCCAAGUGUCCUACCAGCACCUGGUGCUGCUGCAUGGCGUGUGCAUGGCUGGAGACAGUAUCAUGGUGCAGGAGUUCGUCCGGCUGGGGGCGCUGGACACCUACCUGCAGAAGUGUGGACCCCUGGUGCCCGCCAGCUGGAAGCUGCAGGUGAUCAAGCAGCUGGCCUACGCCCUCAAUUACCUGGAGGACAAAGGCCUCCCCCACGGGAACGUCUCAGCCCGGAAGGUUCUGCUGGCCCGUGAGGGGACCGACGGGAACCCCCCUUUCAUUAAGCUCAGUGACCCGGGAGUCAGCCCCACGGUGUUGAGUCUGGAGAUGCUCACAGACAGGAUCCCCUGGGUGGCCCCCGAGUGUCUGGAGGAGUCCCGGACCCUGGGCUUGGAAGCCGACAAGUGGGGCUUUGGGGCGACCGUGUGGGAGGUGCUGAGUGGGGUGGUGAUGCCCCUCAGCGCCCUGGAUCCCGCCCAGAAACUCCAGUUCUACCAGCAAAAGCAGCAGCUGCCGGCGCCCAAGUGGACGGAGCUGGCCGAGCUGAUCCAGCAGUGCAUGGCCUACGACCCCCGGCUCAGGCCGGCCUUCCGCGCCAUCAUCAGGGAGCUCAACAGCCUCAUCAGCUCAGACUACGAGCUGCUCUCGGACCCCGCACCGGGCUCCCUGGCCCCCCGGGACUCGCUGUGGACGGGCACCCAGCUCUUCGCGUGCCAGGACCCCACCAUCUUCCAGGAGAGGCACCUCAAGUACAUCUCGCAGCUGGGCAAGGGGAACUUCGGCAGCGUGGAACUCUGUCGCUACGACCCGCUGGGGGACAACACGGGCGCGCUGGUGGCCGUGAAGCAGCUGCUGCAGCACAGCGAGCCCGAGCAGCACCGCGACUUCCAGCGCGAGAUCCACAUCCUCAAGGCCCUGCACUGCGACUUCAUCGUCAAGUACCGGGGCGUCAGCUACGGGCCCGGCCGCCAGAGCCUGCGCCUGGUCAUGGAGUACCUGCCCUGCGGCUGCCUGCGCGACUUCCUGCAGCGCCACUGCGCGCGCCUGGACACCGGCCGCCUGCUGCUGUUCGCUGUGCAGAUCUGCAAGGGCAUGGAGUACCUGGGCGCCCGCCGCUGCGUGCACCGGGACCUGGCGGCCAGGAACAUCCUGGUGGAGAGCGAGACGCACGUCAAGAUCGCCGACUUCGGCCUCGCCAAGCUGCUGCCCCUGGACAAGGACUACUACGUGGUCCGCGAGCCCGGCCAGAGCCCCAUCUUCUGGUACGCACCCGAGUCCCUCUCGGACAACGUCUUCUCGUGCCAGUCGGACGUGUGGAGUUUCGGGGUGCUCCUGUAUGAGCUCUUCACCUUCGGGGACAAGAGCUGCAGCCCCUCAGCCGAAUUCCUGCGGAUGAUGGGGUGCGAGCGCGACGCCCCCGCCCUGUGCCGCCUCCUGGAGCUCCUGUCUGAGGGCCAGCGUCUGCCCAAGCCCCUCGCCUGCCCCGCAGAGAUCCACGAGGUCACCAGGCGCUGCUGGGCCUCCAACCCGCUGGACCGGCCGCCCUUCAGCACCCUGGGGCCCCAGCUGGAGGCUCUGCGGAGUGGGGGACGGGACUAG